CUGGUUCGCUUAGGAUGAGCCCGGCAUCUUAGGAGAUGGUUUCCAAUUGCGAGAAGGCAUGGAAAAAGGCCCUCAGCAACAGCAGCAGCAACAUCAGCAGCAGCAUCAACAGCAGAUGAUGUCAAGCAUUGUGCAAGGACUACUGACACAACAUUCACCACUUCAUGAAGGAGAUCUUGAAGACUUCCAACAGCACCAGCAGUCGCAGCAGCACCACCAGCAACAACACAUGCAGCAGCAGCGGCACCUGCAACAGCAGCAGCUACAACAGCAACAACAACAGCAGCAGCUCCAACAACAGCAGCAGUUACAACAACAGCAGCAGCAGCAGCAGCAGCAACAAAUGCAACAGCAGCAGCAGCAGCAGCAACAAAUACAACAGCAACAGCAACAACAGAUGCAGCAGCAGAUGCAGCAACAAAUGCAACAGCAGCAGCAGCACCAGCAGCAACAGCAGCAGCAGCAGCAACAACAGCAGCAACAACAGCAGCAGCAGAUGCAACAGCAGGAACAACAAAUACAACAGCAUCAACAACAAAUGCAGCAACAGCAGCAGAUGCUGAUAAAGCGAGAGGACGGUUCCACAGGCCCUCCGGUCGGUCAUGGUGUGCGCAUGGUCCCCCACAUGGGAGCCAGGCCUCCCUUCCAACAGCACGAGGGCCAGCAUGUUGUGCUGCAUCCACGUUUUCCAGGAAACCCGCCGAUACCUCGCUACCUCAGCCGCCAAGGUGGGGAUCCAGUCAGCCAGCAUCCGCCAGGCCAUCCUUACCUGCAGCGUACUGGAGGCGUUCAUCCCAUGAUGAGGCCUCCACCUCCAUACCCAGACCACCUCCGAAAGCCACCACCUUCACCGGCCAUUUCACCAAGCCAUGGCAGCAUGCAGCCUGAAAGCAGCGGGAGUCCAGACCCAUCACGCACGCCACCGUCACUCUCGCGUCCCAGCUCACAGCCAGCACUUCAGUCUCCAGACCCACGAUCGUCACCCAUGGAGCGCCAUUUCUCGCCUGGGACACCGUCAAGCUCCUCCAGCCUGCCUCAGCGCUCCCCAGCAGUGCCACCACCUGGACCAGAUGAUGGGAGAGGUGACGGUGAACGCUCCGUCGAAAGCCUGUCUGACUUGCUGUCGCGAGUUUCCAAGACGCCCUCUGAGUCCCCGAGCCCCCGAACAGAUGAAGGGCGUCCUUCCAUCGGUGAACCGUCGCCGGGAAGAGGCUGUGUCUCACAGGACAACAGUGGACAGACGCCACCACUGUCCAAGCAGGAGAGCAUCCUGCAGUACCUCCGAGCUGGCUCUGUCGGCAGCCCAGCCAGCAACUCUAAUUCAUCUCGUGGAAGUGUCGACAGUUUUGGUGGGAUGACUGGAGCUCAGCCUAUGUCCAGUGCUCCGGACACAACACCACGAGCGUCCGAAAGCCCACAGUAUGUGGCCACAUCCGUUUACCAAGGUGUGGUGGCAUCACCUGUUGGGAGCCCAGUCUCAUCGUCAUUCUCUAAUCAGGGACAAACGAUGACACUGACUGAUACCUUUGCUUCAGAGAGCAGCGAUGGCAGUUCAUCAAUGCAGGUUCGUGCGCAGAUGGUACGUGUGAGCCAAGGUAUGAUGGGCCUGCCUACCUCGUCGGCAAGCUUUACACGAAACACUGCAAUGCAGCAACAGCAGCUUCAGCAGCAGCCCCGGAUGCAGUACAUACAGCAGCUACGGCAACAACAGCAGCAGCAGAUACAGCAACAGCAGCAGAUACAGCAACAACAGCAGCAGCAGCAGCAACAACAGCAGCAACAACAGCAGCAACAACAGCAGCAACAGCAGCAGCAGCAGCAGCAGCAGCAGCAGCAGCAACAACAACAGCAGCAACAGCACAUGAUGCUUCAGCAAAGCCAAUAUGUACCUCAACAAGGCAUGCUAGUUCGACGCAUUGUGCAGGGCCCACGGCCUGGAGUGCCUGGCUCCUUUGCAGAUAACCAGUUCGCCGCACGUGCGCAGGCGCAGAUGUUCAGGGGUGCUGCUCCAGGGAACAACACAGUGCGCACAUUCGCCGUGCGGCCAGGUGCCGGUGGGAAUAACAACGCGGGCAACAGCGGUGGAGGUUUGCCAGGCGGGAGUCCCCACACGGUGGGAGGGGGUCGAGGCCCAACACCUGCGAGCCCUCCCAAGAAUUCAUCGUCAUCGGGGGAUGAAGGAGACGGGGGCACGUCAUCCUCAACACCGUCUCUGCUGCACCGUGCAGGGGAAAGUGGAAGCAGCUCGUUUGGAGGCAGCACAUUCCAUGUGGGACCCUCGUCAACUCUGACGUCGUAUGAAGCUGAGCAGUUGGCUACCAGCGUGUUUGUGUCCCUCGACUACCCUUCCUCGACCAUCACGAGCCCCGAUGGCUGCGUGUCCUCGGAAGUCUUACUCAGCUUGGGUGAUGGCUCUCCCGAUGUGGCAGCCCUGGCAGCAUCCGAGGACGAAGACGCCUCAGUGGAACAGUCGCGAGUUGCCCUCGUGGUGGUUGGCGAAGAAGGUGAGGAGGAUGGCACCGAAGACCACGGCAUUGCCCAACAGGAGGAGCCCCUGGACGUUGCCGUCGUUGUGGAGACGGUAGGGACUCUACCGACUCCCGAGUGCGAGGCCAGAGAAGACGGUUCUAGCCCCAGUGGCUCUGAAGGGGGCAUUGACAUGGCCAUCUCGGGCUGUGGCGAUCUGCACCAUCGCAGCACACCCGCGGGCGACCACAACUAUUCCAACCUGCCUCCGGAAGGUGCAGACAACGAACUUGCCAAGAAAGUUUCUGACGAGACACACUUCUUUGACCACAUUAACAUGGGGAUGGAUGUAAAGAUAGAAGACCAUAUACUCAGAAUAGCAGAUGAAAAACCCUGCAUUGAAAAAAUUAUGAAUGAAAGGACUACACCACCACAGGUUGUGAAAACGCCAUCUCCACCCCUAGCACCAGUCUCCACCAGUGCCAUGUCCUUCCCAGCAUCAGUGACGCAUACAUUAAACUUCACUUUGCGACAGACAGGGAUGCCUCAGACAGUGCGGCUGCCUCACGACGAAGGGCAACUUGUGGUGCUUCCUGCCAAGACAGUGGUGCCGGUAGUACCUCAGCUCUCACCAUCUCCCCCAUUGGUCAGCUGUGAGCCCUUGACUGUGAAGACAGAGCCAAUGCCUCCCGCGGGUGCUACCACACCCCCUCUGAUGCUUCGCAUGCACCCAGUGCCCCCAACGCCGCCGCCCUCCGUUAGCAGUGCCGUGUGCGCUCCCCACAGCGCAUCCCUGCGUUGGUCCCGAAGCUCGGAAGUGGUGGCCAUCAAGGAGGAGGUGUUGACUGUGGUGCCCCCUUCCAUGCCGCCUACCCCGCCACCACCCACAACUGUUGUGAUCAAGCAGGAAGCACGGUCGACACCUUCGCCCUGCCUUGCUCCUUGCCAGAAGCAGGAGUCAGAAGACGAGAAUGGCGAAGAGGUUGCUCCUCCAGAAGAGGAGAAAGAGAGCGCUGGGCGGCCAGCCAGCACGGCUGAGGCGGUGGAGGCUGAGGCGGUGGCAAGCCAUGAUGAGAGUAAUGUUCCUUGCGAUGAUGUCCCUCCUCCUCCUCCCGAACAGACACAGAACCCCCCUCUCGCUGCCACCCCACCUGCCACCAUCGCCGCUCCCGUGGCAAGUCCCCUCCUCGGGGCACUGGCCACCGACAGCACCAGGUUGUCAGCCAGCCCGACAGCCAGCCCCGCAGCUGCAGCGACCGCUGCGGCGGCACCUCCGGUGACGAUCAAAGUGGAACCUGGCACGAUGGCCGCCUUGGAUUCAGAUGCACCACCAGCGGCUGCCGCUGUGGAAGAGAGCCCCGUUGUGAAAGCAUGCGAGGGUUCUGUUGAAGAGCCUGAGGGGUCCACUGGAGGCAAGCAGAACGUGCUCCUCAAGCAGCUGCUGCAGAACUGUCCCUCAGCUGAAACACACAAGCCGCUUGCCGGAGACCUCCCUGAGGUCGCUCCCACUAGCCAGCCAGGAUGCAGAAAAUCCGAGAAUAGUCCUUUGGAGGCUGUAACACAGGCUGCACCACAGCCAGCGUCACGUCCUUCGAGUCCAUCGAACGAGCAGUGCUCCACGUCAUCCGAUCAGGCAGCGCCGGCUUUGGCAGAGACAGCGGAGAAUGCCGAAGCAACAACACCAGCCACGACAGCGUCUGCAUCGGAAACGCAGCCCUCACAACCAGCAGUGUCUGUGGCCACCGGCCAAGCCCCAGGGGGAACGACAGCGACGACGACUCCUGCAGAAGGUGGUGACAAACCUGAGGAAACCAAAGUUCGCAAACUUACAUAUUUGGACAUCCGGCGGGCCCAGCUGGAGCGCGAGCCCACGCCCCCUCCGCCGUCAGCUGAGGACCUGGCUUUGCGGCGUCAGCAGCAGCGCAAGCGGCCCAAGAAGCCGCGGCCGCCCCCGUCGGCCCCCUCUAGUUCGGAGGCCGUGGGGGCAGGCCCCGACGGGCCCCGCCCACCCUCCUCUUCUCAUGGAGGAGGUGGGGCCGCCAGGGCCAAGCGGCCGCGCAAGGGUUCGCGUGCCGACGAGGACUAUGAGGUGUACCUGGAGGCCCUUAUGGGGCGACUCAGAGCCCUGCCGCCCGUGCGCAUCCUUGAGCCGCACAUCCGGCCGAACUUCAAUGUGGGUGCCGUUUUCGGGCGCGGGGACCUCAACCUCCGUGAGCCUGUGCUGAAGGGCAGCUACGGCCGAGCAUUCCUGCCGGGCCAGCCGGACCCAUACUCUGUAUUGCCAUUUGGUGAUCGGCCCCCUCCUCCCUCGGCCCCUUCCUCUGCCGUCACACCCUCCCCGACCCCGCUCAGGGGCUUCUACAACCAGGAGUUCUCCAUGCAUACCAGAGUAACUUCCGGUGGCGCGGACUCCAAUAGGUGCCGUGAGGCAGACAGUCCCGACACAAUCGUGGGCGCCUCGUCUCCAGAGUGUGCCAUGUUCGAGGCUCCCUUCCGGUUCCGCAGCCUGCAACUCGUCGACGAGGACAGCAACGACUCUGCCAGAUCCCUUCCUUCGCCCACGGUGCCCAUUGUCGCGCCCAUUCCUGUAAAAGCCGUACCUCCUCCGCAACCGCCACCUCCUGCUCCCUUGAAAAUUCUGUUGGACGAGAAGGACAAGGAGAACACCUUCCCGGGCGACAAGCUGGGGCUCUGUCGCGGGCGAGGCCUGCCUGGAGCGUUUGGCGGCGGGCCCCCUCCUGUGCCCCUGCGCGAGUCCGGCAAUGUAUCGGUGACGCUAACACUUACUUCAGAGGCAGCCGGUGACAUUCAGGGGCUGCUCUGCUCACUCGCCAAGCUGCUACAGGUGGAGCCACCGUCAUCCUAUGACAUCAUUGAGCGCACCACCACGCCACCCAGCCAGAAGCUGGGGCUCUACAAACACAAUCACCAGCAUGUGACGUCAGUGGAGGAAGCGGAGUACUUGGUGGAUGGGAGGCAGCGGUUUUGCCGACAUUGUGAGAUCAUGGUCUCUAAGACUGGUAUGGUCAAGAAGCAGGCGUCAGAACUUAAUCUUGAAUCAGGAGUGCCCAAGGAGGAUGGGGACGAAGAGGCAGUUUAUUUUUGCUCCAGCAAUUGCUACAUGCAGUUCGCCCUUGCGCACCGAACCCCUUCAUCGGCUGCAGCUCCCCAGCGAAAGGAGGCUGCUGUGGUGUGCCAUGCCGCCAAGGACGAGCACGGUGUCUUUCGGGGCGAGUGUUGCAAGGAGCGACUAACGAACAAGAUGGAGGAAGACGAGGAGCCCUGCAUCAAACAGGAAGAGGAUGGCAGGGUCACGCCCCAGGAAGAGACGCGAGCAAGCAUCGAGGACAACACCUCGGAGGGCCGCUUGCUCGCCGACGAGGAGGAUAGCCAAGCCAGCAUGGACUCCACCCACAGGAAAAGGGUGGCGCGUCAUUCAGUCAGCAAGGAACAGGAACCUAUGGUCAAGAAGUGGAAAGAUGUUCGGUGGAAGCUGUGGUCUGUCGACUUGGUAGGCGUGACGAAGUAUGAACCUCCCUCAGAAGAGGAAGUUGGUCAGCUGUUGGAUGCUCAGGACAUAUUCCUAAAGCCCGAGAAUCCUGUGGAAGACACAAGGCAGUGCAUCUUGUGCCAUGACAUCGGGGAUGGCGAGACCAAUGGCCCAGCCAGGUUGCUGAACCUGGACGUAGACCUGUGGGUGCACCUGAACUGUGCCCUGUGGUCGCAAGAAGUGUACGAGACGUGUGACGGAGCCCUGAUGAACGUCGCCUCUGCCUGCCGCCGGGCGCUGCUGGUCACCUGCAGCCGGUGUCAUCGCACAGGUGCUUCACUGCACUGCUUCCGGAUGCGCUGCCCCGCCGCCUAUCACUUCCCCUGUGCCACCCACGACGGUUGCUCCUUCUACAAGGACAAAACCAUCCUCUGUCCUCAGCACACGCCUCGUGUCCCGAACCUUGAGAACGUUCUCGAGUCGGUGGCUGUCUUCCGCAGGGUGUACAUAAGUCGCGACGAGCACAAGCAAGUUGCAAGCAUGUUUCACAAGGGGGAGCAGAAUCUCCUGCGAGUGGGCAGCCUCAUCUUCUUGAGCAUCGGACAGCUGUUGCCGCAUCAGUUGCAGAACUUCCACACACAGAAUUGCUUGUACCCUGUUGGGUACAAAGUAGUGCGCAUCUAUUGGAGCAUGCACAAGCUGGGUGCACGGAGCCGCUACACGUGCAGCAUUCACGACGUAGAUGGCCAGCCACAGUUCCAGGUGAAGGUGUCGUACAAAGGCCAGGAGAAGGUGCUCACUCAUCGCACACCCAAGGGUGUGUGGCAGAAAGUCCUCCAGCCCAUCGAGAGCUUCCGCAGGGAGACACAGGCCAUCAAGGUCUUCUCCAACUUCAUCACGGGAGAAGACCUCUUUGGGCUGACAGAACCCGCGAUUGUAAGGAUCACUGAAUCGCUUCCGGGUGUGGAGACGCUGAGUGACUACAACUUCCGGUAUGGGCGGUCACCGUUGCUGGAGCUUCCACUGGCCAUCAACCCAACCGGUUGUGCACGGUCAGAACCAAAGUUGCGCACCCAUUUCAAGAGGCCCCACACGAUGCACACGAGCAACACGCUGCGGCUCUCGCUGCAAACCCUUGGCGGCGGUGGCGGUGGUGGCAGCUGCUUGGAGGCCAGCUCCCCUUACACCAAGCACUUUGUGCACUCCAAGUCGUCCCAGUACCGGCGAAUGAAGACCGAGUGGCGCAACAACGUUUACCUGGCCCGCUCAGGCAUCCAGGGCCUGGGUCUGUACGCUGCCCGCGACAUCGAGUGCCACACCAUGAUUAUCGAAUACAUCGGCCAGAUCAUCCGUAACGAGAUCGCCGAGCGUAACGAGGCCAUCUAUGAGGCACAGAAUCGUGGCGUGUACAUGUUCAGACUGGAUGAGAAUCGUGUGAUUGACGCAACCCUGUCUGGUGGCCUUGCACGCUACAUAAACCACUCGUGCAGCCCCAACUGUGUUGCCGAGCUCGUGCAAAUCGACCGUGAGAACAAAAUCCUCAUCAUUGCCAACCGCCGCAUCACGCGUGGUGAAGAGCUGACCUAUGAUUACAAGUUUGACUACGAAGAUGACGGGCACAAGAUCCCAUGCCUCUGCGGUACUUCAAAUUGUCGCAAAUGGAUGAACUAAUCGUGAAGACUUUGAUAUGUGGAUGGAGCGUUUUCGCUCAUUUAUUUACACCACAGACUGUUUUACUGGCAGUGCAGAUGGCUCCUUGUUUAUUAGUCUGUGCAUGGCUCUUCGUUGCCAUUGCGGUGGGCAUUGGACACUGUAUAUGUUGAUGUUAUUUUUUGUGUACAGUCUUCUUUUUUGUUAUUGUUUUCCUUGUUUUAUUUACACUUAAGUUGAUACGAAUCGAUGCAUGUAUUCCACUGGUAUGGACUUCAAAAAGAUUACCAGACAUCUCGUUGUUUUCUUUCUGUCUCUUCUUUGUUUUAUUUCUUUAUUCUAGAGCCCAUGUAAAUUUUAUAAAUAAUGACCUGCAUCCAUCUUAAUGAAUCACAAUGGUGUCCCAUUGACAGUGUAAAAGUGUAUGACAUGUGCUGCAACAUUAUUGUCUGUAUUGUUGUAAUUUGCGCCUCCUUGACUUGUACUGUGUACUAUAAUGGAGCAGUCAAGGAAUCUGUAGUGCAAUAUAUGUUUAUAAAAUGAACACUUGGAUGUACA